CUUCCUCUCUGAAAUUCAUCAGAAUCAUCAGAGUGACUCCUCUCUCUCUCUCUCUCUCUCUCUCUCUCUCUUCCCUUCACUUUCUCUCUCUAAAAACCAAAAAGAAAAUCGCUUCUCUCUCUCUUCCAUUUCAGUGAUCAAGAUCAGUCCUAAUCGUCUCGGUUGAUCGCGUUUAACGGUGACGGAAACGGCGGUUUGAGGAAGAGGAGCCUUCCGGUGCCGGAUUACGGCGAGCAUUGCCUCCGUUGUUGUUGUUGUUGUUUGUGUGUGAAGAAUUUCGCGGAAGAUCGUCCCCAUGGCUGUACCGCAGACUCCGGCGACGGCGCUCGCCGUGAUGGCGUCUCUGUACGUCGGAGACCUCAGCCCCUACAUCACCGAGACCGAACUCUACGAGGCGUUCGAAAACGAGAAAAAGACCCUUGCGUCCGUUAGGGUGUGCAGGGACACCAACACCGGCCGGUCUCUCUGCUACGGCUACGCCAACUUUUCAAACACCGACGACGCAAUUCGAGCCAUUGAACUGAAGAAUAACUCUUUUCUGCAUGGAAGAGUGAUAAGGGUCAUGUGGUCUCAUCGUGAUCCUGAUGCCAGGAGAAGUGGAAUUGGGAAUGUGUUUGUCAAGAACUUGAGCGAAGGGAUUGAUAAUGUAGGGCUCCACGAUAUGUUUAGGAAAUUUGGAAAUGUUUUGUCUUGCAAAGUUGCCAUGUUUGAGGAUGGGAAGAGUAAAGGCUAUGGCUUUGUUCAGUUUGAGUCUGAGGAAUCAGCAAUUGCUGCUAUUGACAAGCUAAAUGGCUCUACAGUCGGAGACAAACAAUUGUAUGUCGCAAAGUUUGUUAGAAAGAGUGAUCGAGUUUUGCCCAAUCCUGAUGUGAAAUAUACAAAUUUGUAUGUGAAGAAUUUGGAUCUAAAUGUCAGGGAAGAGCUUCUGGAAGAAAAGUUCUCUGAGUUCGGGAAAAUUAUAAGCUUUGCAAUAGCAAGGGAUGAAAAUGGAAUUUCUAGAGGUUUUGGCUUUGUGAACUUUGAGAGCCCGGAUGAUGCUAGAAAAGCAUUGGAAUCUCUGAAUGGAACUCAACUUGGUUCCAAGGUUCUGUAUGUAGCGAGAGCACAGAAGAAGGCAGAGCGUGAACACAUUUUGCGUUGUCAGUUUGAGGAAAAACGGAAGGAGCAAAUGUUAAAAUUCAAGGGAUCAAACGUGUAUGUGAAGAACAUUGAUGAUGAUGUCACUGAUGAAGAGCUCAUAGACCACUUCAGUCAAUGUGGCACGAUUACUUCUGCAAAAAUUAUGAGAGAUGAGAAAGGAAUAAGCAAGGGCUUUGGUUUUGUUUGUUUCUCUACCCCCGAGGAGGGCAAUAAAGCUGUGAUUACAUUUCAUGGAUAUAUGUUUCAUCGGAAGCCAUUGUAUGUCGCUAUUGCUCAAAGGAAAGAAGAAAGACAAGCACAGCUGCAACUUCAGUAUGCACAGCGUAUGGCAGGAUUUGCUGGUCCUUCAACAGCUGUCAUCCCUGGUGGAUACCCUCCUAUCUACUAUCAGGCUCCAUCUGGUGUUGUUCCACCAGUGCCUCCUCGACCAGGGAUGAUGUAUCAGCCUUUGGGAUUGAGGCCAGGAUGGAGACCUAAUGGCUUUGCACCUACCUCUGGACCAGGUUAUCAACCACCACCUGUUCCUGUUAUGUCCAAUACUCCAAGGCAGCAUAGGCAAAACAGGGGCAGAAUGAAUGGGCAUAUGCUUCCUCAGGGAGGUCCAUUUAUUCCACAUUUGCAACAGUCAACUCACUCCUCGAAGGAGUCAAACAAUCAGCAGCGUUCGGGGCAGCCUAAGUAUGUUCCUAAUGGGCGUCAACGUGACAUGAAUAAAGGAUCAGGAGUCUCAUCUACUGCUUCCAAUUCUGUUGGAGGUGGGUCUCAGGGACCAGAGAUGCUGAGUAGUAUGCUUGCUGCUGCUUCUCCUGAGCAGCAGAAACAGAUACUUGGCGAGCGUCUCUUCCCACUAGUUCUUAAACACAAGCCGGAUCUUGCUUCAAAAAUUACCGGGAUGCUGCUGGAGAUGGACAACUCAGAACUGCUGCUUUUGUUGGAGUCUCCUGAGAGUUUGGCUGCCAAAGUGGGAGAAGCUGUUCAGGUCCUCAAGAUCUCCAAGACUAAAGUAUCUAGCAAAGAUUCCCUUCAUUCUAGUUACCUUUCUGCUGAGGUUGCAGUCAAUUGAAAGGGCAUCUACAUUUGUGUGCGGUUAGAGGUUUUGUCGCAGCUCAAGCUCUGGGAAAAUGAAUUUUUGAUACUUAAUUGGCACCUUCUCUAUCUUUUUUAGUAUUUUUCUUGCUUAAUAGAACAGUAACGUCUCUAGUCAAUCUGGUAUCUUAGUAGCAAUGAUAGAGGUGAUAAAUACAGGAUUUUGGAACCAUAUGUUUUCUUAAUUUUGGGAUUUUGAACUUAAUGGAUUUAAUAUUGGCAGACCUAAUAUUGUUUUAA